GUGGAGUGUGGACCGGCGUCGUCGAGUGCAGACUGUCUAUGUGAUUGUUUAUUUGUUUAUUUUGUUUAAUUUAUUGCUGUAUUGGUGUAUCCCAUAAUCGGAUAAUCCCAGUAAUAAUAAAUUACUCUAUGAUGUAUCCACUGUCCGCGGUUCACAUGACCACAAAUCACAUUAAUAUGACCAACUGGAACUGGCGACUAGGUUUCUAUCAGUAAAUUUUUACUAUUUCCACUAUUCCAUCAUUUUACGAGUGCGCUUUUUAAACCAUGUAAAAAUCAAUAAUUCCAGUCUAGGUUAUUCUUGAUUAUUAUUAAUUUUCAUCCUCCGUUAUUUAAAAUUUUGUUGGAACGAAAACCCCCUGGCUUAUUUUAGCCAGCUUGAUUAAUUACAAUGAUCGAUUCUGGAAACACUAGGACUAUGGACAAAUCAGGCCAAGAGGACGAAUUUAUUGAGAAUGGCAUGCCAGGAAAAGUUGAUAAAAAUAAUAUAAAAGGUAAAAAACGUAAAAAGUGUUUACGUGACAAAAAAGCUCCAAGACUUCCUCAUUCUGGGUACAUACGAUUUUUAAAUGAUAGACGUGAACAAUUUCGUUUUGAAAAUCCCAAUUUACCAUUUGCUGAAAUAACCAAAGUAUUAGCUACUGAAUGGAACCAGUUGCCAGCAGAUAAAAAACAACAAUAUCUUUUAGCUGCUGAACAAGAACGAGUAAAAUACAUUGAAGAAUUAGCAGCUUAUAAAAAAACUGAUGCAUACAGAAAUUUUAUUCAACGCAAAUUGAAAAAAAAAAAAGUUGAUACCCCUAUCCAAGAACUACAAGAAUUAGAUAAAGAAAAACCAUUUAGCAAUAACAGUAAUACGGUUAAUGACAUACCUAUAUAUACUGAAGAAUUCUUAAACUUCAAUAAAUCUAGAGAAAGUGAACUAAGGUACCUCCGUAAAACAGUAAUAGAUCAAGAACAAGAAGUAUCUGUAUUAUACAAACAUAUUGGAAACAUGAAUAAUGGAAUUAUAAAAUUAAUGGCCAACACUAAAAAACUCAAAGCUGAAUGUUUAAAAUAUGAACAUUAUUUAAUUCAAUUACGAUCUCUACUUCUAGAUGCUUUUGAUAACAUCGCAUUUCCAGAUAACAUUGAGCCACCUACCGAUGACACUAUUGACACAUAUAUAGUUAAUUUAGUAACUCAUAUAACAACUGGCACUGGUACUGAUCCUUCCUGGAUUGCAAAUGUAAAGAAAGUUAUUUCUACUUUAGACUUUUCACAGUGUUAAAAUAAAUUAUAUUUUGAUUUACCAAACUAUAAAUAAUUAAUAAUUAUCUAAUCAUGAUAUUAUUCAUCAUCAAUAUUAUUUUAUGUAAUAUGCCUUAUUGAUAACAUUAUUAUAACAUUUUAAAUAUAUAAUUUUUUUUUAUUCAAACAUUUACUUUUAAAUUAUUUUAUAUUGUAUUAAUCUCAAACUAAUUGUAAUCCUUUGAAUCAUGACAAUUGGGAUAUUAAUUCCUUGUGAUAAACCCUUUAAUAUUAUGAAAUGUAAAGUAUCUAUAAUUAAGUACCAUUUAUAUGAGAUCUAUUAAAUGUACUAACAUCACAUGCA